AUGGUCCCUGCGCGGGAUGUCUUGGCUUCCUUCAUGUCCACUCUGGCGGCAGCUCCAUUGGCCCAGGAGUUUUGCCUUUUCUGCUUCUUCUGCCUCGGCUUCGCGCUGUGCCGAACGACGGCUAUGAAGCAACUGCUGGGCACUCGCAGGCACCGUGUGACUCUGGAGCAGCUGCAGACCAUGCUGGCUCAGCAGAGACAUGAAGAGGUGCUCGAUGCAUGGCCACUGCUGGAUGAAUUUACAUCCCAGGCUUUAUCCGCUGUACUUACUGCUCUCGUUGUUUUGAACAGGCCAGAAGACGUAGGGCUCUUCCUUUCGAAGGCCGCCACCAACCUGGCACAUCUGAGGCCGUCCCUGUUCACGUGCAUUCGGGGCUUGGUGGACUUGCAGUGCCAGGUGCCAGUGGAGUGUUUGUCGCAGGCCUUACGAGACGUCUUCCAACAAAGCCUGGCUGCCUUGGACCACCGGGCUUCGCUGGAGUUGCUGGUGGCAUUUGCAAACACGAAUGAUGCGGAAUAUGCGAAGGAGAUGGCGUCUCACCUUGCCGGCACGGAGCAGACGUUGCCGUGUGACAUCAGUGUCUCCGUGGUGCAGGGUUUCUUGUCGUGCGGAAAUCUACAAGCUGCGCUGCAUCACCUGCCCGCUGUUCUAGCACAGCCUGGACUCUCCACUGUGACGAAGGAGCAGAUGCUAGCACAAAUUGCCGCCGCUGUCGAAGAGGACUGCAGCUUGCAGCCCGGCAGGCCCAGCGCCAGUGCCUUCUUGGACCGUUUGGAAGGCCAGGGCAUCCAGUGCCAGGAGGCUGAAGCUUGUGUGCUGCGUGGUGCCAGUGUGUCAGGGGACCAUGCUCUCUACCAGCGCGCUCGCAUGGCGCUUACCUUGCGAGGUGCCCUGUCGCUGGCGUCGUUUGAAGCAUUAAUCCGAGCUGAUCUGGCCUUCGGCAAUCCUGAUGGGGAGCUCCAGGAGCUGUUUGUGCGAAUGGUCGAAUGUCACCCUGAUCUACCGGAUGGACUGUUCCAUGCUUUGCUGUCGGCAGCUAUUACAGAAUCUCCUGCAUUGCUGGAGUCCAUGUGCGUUUGGGCAAAGUCGUCUGGCAGGGCGUCGCUGGCACUGGCAGCUGCAAAGGCCAUGUCAAUGAGCACAGCCGACGAGGACUGGGCAGCGGACACGGACAACGACCUUACGUCACCUAGAGGCUCGACGGCUGCCGGGAGUGAGUCUGCCCUCGAGGCCAACUUAUCGAAGCAAGCGUCAGAAGCUUCAUUGGCAGUGCGACCCGAAACACCACUUCAGGUUGCUGCGAGCAAUGCCGACUUGGAUGCAGCCGUGGCAGAAGAUUGUGCGGAUGACGCACAGAGAAUCUUCAAAGACAUGAAGGAGAAUGGAAGUGCUGAUGUUGUCUCAUACAACAUCAUGCUGAAGCUCUACAUGGGCCAAAAAGGUGAUUCCAUGCAGCUGGCACGUGCCCUUCUUGAGGAAAUGGUUCAGUCCGGUUUGCGACCAACGACCGCGACGUACAACUCGAUCAUCAGUGGAGCGCUUGCGCACGGAGACGUGGACGUGGCCUGGCGCACGAUCGACGGAAUGGAGAGAAAUGGCCCACCUCUCGACGCCUACACCGUGAGCAUCAUCCUCAAGGGAACCAAAGCCCAGCGCGCUUUGGCACCCGCGGAGUUCGACCGCGCUCUCGACCUGGUGUCGAGGCAUGCCGUCAAGCUGGACGAGGUUCUCGUGAAUGUCAUCUUGGAGGCUUGUGUGGCUCUUCGAGAUACCAGGCGACUUCAGCACGUGCUGGCGAUGUUGAAAAGGAAUGGCUGGGACCUGCCCAAGCGCUGUUGCAAUCCCACCUACGCGGCUCUCAUCAAGGCCUACGGGUCAGCCGGCCAAACAGUGAAGGCAUGUGCCUUGUGGGACGACAUCACCAAAGUGCAGGGACUUGAGCCAAGCGAACAUGUCUACGCGCAAAUGAUCGACGUCCUGGUCAUGGGUGGCAACCUGAAGCAUGCCCUUCAGCUUUUUGCAGAAAUGCGAGACGUCCAUCGGGCGAGGUUCGGAUCGAAUGCCUUUGCCAUUGCCUAUGCCAUGAUCGUGCGUGGAUACGCCCAGCAAAAGGAUGCUGUGAGAGCUUUGGAGUGCUAUGAGGAGAUGAAGGCCCAGGGAGUUCCGGUGGGCCUCGUGGUCCUCAACACCUUGGUGGAUGCCUGCUGCAGAGCAGGGGACAUGACCCGAGCAGCUGAGCUGCUUCAAGAUAUGGCUACCUUCGACCUUUCCCCAGACCUCAUCACCUACAGCACGUUGAUUAAGGGCUACUGCGUCACCGGCGACUUGGAUCAUGCGCUUGAGCUCUUCGGCGCCAUGCGCCGCCGAGGUAUCAAACCCGACGCCAUCGUGUUCAACAGUUUGUUGGAUGGAUGUGCCCGGAAAGAGAUGCCCAUGCUUUGUGAGCAGGUGAUUGAGGACAUGGUUUCGGCUGGUGUUCAGCCCAGCAAUUAUUCUGCUUCCAUCCUGAUCAAGCUCUACGGCCGAAUCUCAGAUUUGGAUGCAGCAUUCAAGGUGCUGGAUGAGAUGCCGCAAAAGUUUGGGUUCCAGCCCAAUACUGCCGUGUACACCACACUGAUGUCCUCGUGCACAUGGAAUGGGAGGAUGGACCUGGCGAUGGGUCUCCUAGAUCGGAUGCUUCAGGCUGGGCAGCUACCAGACGAGAAGACAUACGUGACCUUGAUGCGAGGAGCCACGAGAUUCGGGCAGAGCGAGCACAUCGUUUCACUACUGUGGCAGGUAGCAGAGCAAAGCCAAAGGAGCAGGAAGCUCUUGCUGGACACGGAGUUGGUGCAGAGUGCACUUCACACCAUCAUGAAGCGCCGGGCGUGGAGCCAGCGAGGUGGAGAAGACUGUUUGCAGCGCCUUCGCUGCGCUGGCUUCAAUGUGGUUCGGCCUUCGGAGGCCAAAGGGUGCUCCUACAAUCGCGUUGGUCAAGCUGGACGGCGAGGUGCAGUGGCCUCUGCUUGA